GGGGGUUUGGUGAAAGUCCACUGACAGAGACCGAGCACAAGCAAACUUAACCUAGCAGCUGCAGCAGCUCAUCUCCAGAAAGGAAAAGUUUUGCCAAAAUUAGGCAAUACAUCUCUGGAAGCUGCUUCUAAAAUAAAAGCGUAAUAAGGAGACGCUGCUCAUUGAGACGGCAGAAGACUUUGCGUGCAUUGGAGUUGUAGAAUUCUACUCUGUAAAAGUUGCCUAAUCAACAGUAGAUCCGCCCUUCAGCCCUUCGCGAAGUAUAAAAAUGAGUAGCACACAGCAAAGACUAACCCAGUCCGGUAGUAGUACCAGUUCAGGCACACAAGUGGGAGAUACAAAGGAAGGUGAGAUGCCGGCUACAGAGAAGGACCUCGCUGAAGACGCGCCCUGGAAAAAGAUCCAGCAGAAUACCUUUACCCGUUGGUGCAAUGAGCACCUCAAGUGUGUCCAGAAACGCGUCGGCAACCUGCAAACUGACCUGAGCGAUGGGCUGCGGCUCAUCGCCCUCCUGGAGGUGUUGAGCCAAAAAAAGAUGUAUCGCAAGUACAAUCAGCGGCCAACCUUUCGACAGAUGCAACUGGAAAAUGUUUCGGUGGCGCUUGAAUUCUUGGAGAAGGAAAAUAUCAAGCUUGUUUCUAUUGAUAGCAAAGCCAUAGUUGAUGGGAAUCUGAAGCUGAUUCUUGGCUUGAUAUGGACUCUUAUCUUGCACUACUCUAUUUCAAUGCCAAUGUGGGAUGAGGAAGAGGAUGAAGAAGUAAAGAAACAGACUCCUAAACAACGUUUACUAGGCUGGAUCCAGAACAAGCUACCUCAUCUCCCUGUAACCAACUUCAGUAGGGACUGGCAGACUGGGCGUGCACUGGGAGCUCUUGUGGACAGCUGUGCUCCAGGUUUGUGCCCAGACUGGGACUCCUGGGAUGUCGGCAAACCUGUAGAAAAUGCCAGAGAGGCAAUGCAGCAAGCAGAUGACUGGCUGGGCAUCCCUCAGGUAAUCACUCCAGAGGAAAUAGUUGAUCCAAAUGUUGAUGAACACUCUGUCAUGACCUACUUGUCUCAGUUUCCAAAGGCAAAACUAAAGCCUGGUGCACCCCUGAGGCCAAAACUUAAUCCUAAAAAAGCCAGAGCAUAUGGUCCAGGUGUUGAACCAACGGGUAAUAUGGUGAUGAAACCUGCAGAGUUUACUGUAGAGACAAUCAGUGCUGGAAUGGGUGAGGUUCUAGUGUAUGUGGAAGAUCCUGCGGGACACAGGGAGGAGGCCAAAGUGACUUUCAACAAUGAUAAGAACAGGACGUUCUCUGCAGUCUAUACACCAAAAGUAGCUGGGCCUUACAAGGUUACAGUUUUGUUUGCUGGGCAACACAUUGCCAAAAGUCCAUUUGAAGUAGAGGUGAGCAAAGCUCAGGGAGAUGCCAGUAAAGUCACUGCACAGGGCCCAGGCCUGACACCCAGUGGGAACAUUGCCAACAAGAGUACUUAUUUUGAAAUAUUUACAGCGGGUGCUGGAGUUGGCGAAGUAGAGGUGAGCAUAGUUGACCCAACUGGAAAGAAAGAUGCUGUGGAUGUUCAGCUUGAGGACAAAGGUAACAGUACCUACCGCUGCACCUACAAACCCACCAUGGAAGGAGUGUACACAAUACACAUAACAUUUGGAGGAGCCCAGAUCCCAAAGAGUCCUUUCUCAGUUGGUAUUGGCCAGGCUUGCAACCCCAAUGCUUGUCGUGCUGUGGGACGUGGUCUGCAAGCAAAAGGAGUGCGAGCAAAGGAGACAGCAGACUUCAAAGUCUAUACAAAUGGAGCUGGCAGUGGAGAACUGAAAGUUACAGUGAAGGGACCAAAGGGUUUAGAAGAACGUGUCAAGCAGAAGGACUUGGGUGAUGGAGUUUACGGCUUUGAAUACUAUCCUAGCACACCUGGCAACUAUGUGGUCACAAUAACAUGGGGAGGACAAAGCAUUCCUAGAAGUCCAUUUGAAGUAAAGGUUGGCUCAGAAGCAGGACCACAGAAAGUACGAGCAUGGGGACCUGGACUGGAAGGAGGAGUAGUUGGAAAGUCUGCAGAUUUUGUGGUGGAAGCUAUUGGAGAUGACGUAGGCACACUAGGUUUCUCUGUAGAGGGACCAUCACAGGCAAAAAUAGAGUGCGAUGACAAAGGAGAUGGGUCUUGUGAUGUGAGAUAUUGGCCAACAGAACCUGGAGAGUAUGCAGUCCAUGUGCUUUGCAACAGUGAGGACAUAAAGAUGAGUCCCUUCAUGGCUGAGAUCCAGUCAGCCCCCAAGGACUUCUAUCCAGAUAAGGUGAAGGCUUAUGGUCCUGGUUUGGAGAAGACUGGCAUUGCUAUUAAUAAACCUGCUGAGUUUACAAUUGAUGCCAAAAAUGGUGGAAGAGCUCCACUGAAGGUUAAUGCUCAGGAUGCCGAAGGAAAUCCAAUUGAUGUGUCCGUGAAGGAUAAUGGGAAUGGCACAUACUCCUGCUCCUAUAUGCCAAAGAAAGCAGUGAAACAUACAGUCAUGGUGUCUUGGGGAGCAGUCAACAUCCCUAACAGUCCUUUUAGGAUGAAUGUAGGUGCUGGAAGCCACCCUAACAAAGUGAAAGUGUAUGGGCCAGGAGUUGCUAAAACUGGACUAAAAGCUCAUGAGCCAACUUACUUCACUGUGGACUGUGCUGAGGCUGGUCAAGGUGAUGUCAGUAUUGGUAUCAAAUGUGCACCUGGUGUGGUGGGACCUGCUGAAGCAGACAUUGAUUUUGACAUUAUCCGGAACGACAAUGAUACAUUCACUGUGAAGUAUAUGCCACCUGGAGCUGGAAGUUACACAAUCAUGAUUCUGUUUGCUGACCAGGCAAUCCCUACAAGUCCUGUUCGUGUAAAGGUAGAUCCCUCCCAUGAUGCUAGCAAGGUGAAGGCAGAAGGACCAGGACUGAACAAAAGUGGUAUUGAACUGGGAAAACCUACUCACUUCACAGUGAAUACAAAAGCAGCUGGAAAGGCCAAGCUGGACGUUCAGUUCACUGGAGCAUCCAAAGGAGAUGCCAUACAGGAUUUUGACUUGGUGGACAACCUUGACAAUUCUUACACUGUUAAGUACACACCUGUGCAACAGGGUCCAUUGGGCAUUGGUGUGACAUACGGAGGAGAUCACAUACCAAAGAGCCCAUUCAGCACUGGAAUUGCCCAUUCACUUGACCUUAGCAAGAUAAAGGUUGCAGGUCUUUGUGAAAAGGUGGAAGUUGGGAAGGAUCAGGAGUUCACAGUAAAGUCUAAAGGAGCUGGAGGACAAGGCAAAGUUGCUGCCAAGAUUGUGGGUCCCACAAACAAGUCUGUUCCUUGCAAGGUGGAGCCUGGACUGAGUGCAGACAACAGCAUUGUGAAAUUCAUCCCACGUGAAGAGGGAUCCUAUGAGGUAGAAAUAACUUAUGAUGGAGUUCCUGUGCCUGGCAGCCCUUUCCCGGUAGAGGGAGUCUCUCCUACUGAUCCUUCAAAGGUGAAAGCUCAUGGCCCCGGACUUAAAGGUGCUGCAGUUGGAUGCCCAGCGCCAUUCACAAUUGACACGAAGGGAGCUGGUGUAGGUGGCUUGGGCCUUACAGUUGAAGGCCCAAGUGAAGCAAAGAUUGAAUGCUUGGACAAUGGCGAUGGCACUUGCUCAGUCUCCUACCUACCCACUGAAGCUGGAGAGUACAAUAUUAACAUAUUAUUUGCAGACACCCACAUUCCAGGCUCCCCCUUCAAAGCUGUAGUCCAGUCUUCCUUUGAUCCUUCAAAAGUAGAGUGUUCUGGGCCAGGCCUGGAGCAUGCCAAGGUUGGAGAAGCUGGGAAAUUCACAGUGGAUUGCUCAAAUGCAGGCAGUGCUGAGCUCACAAUAGAAAUCAUUUCUGACUCUGGUAUGGAAGCAGAAGUACAUAUACAAGAAAAUGGUGAUGGCACGUACACAAUAACCUACAUUCCAUCACACUCUGGUGUGUACACAAUCACUAUAAAAUAUGGUGGCCAGAUGGUACCAAACUUCCCUGCCAAGCUCCAGGUGGAGCCAGCUGUAGAUACCAGCACAGUCAAGGUGUACGGCCCAGGAGUAGAAGGCAAAGGAGUUUUCAGGGAAGCCACAACAGAGUUUAAUGUGGAUGCAAGGGCUUUAAGCAAGGCUGGAGGGCAUCUUGUCAAAACUAGGGUUUCCAACCCAUCUGGCAAUCUGACAGACUCCUUCAUCCAUGACAAGGGGGAUGGCACUUACAAAGUGGAAUAUACACCUUAUGAAGAAGGUAUCCACUCAGUUGAUGUGACAUACAAUGGUAGUCCUGUUCCAAACAGCCCUUUCAGGGUCCCAGUGACAGAAGGGUGCGACCCAUCCAGGGUUAGAGUUCAUGGGCCAGGUAUUCAGCAUGGAAUUACAAACAAGCCAAACCAGUUCACUGUGGAGACCAGAGGUGCUGGUACAGGAGGACUUGGAUUGGCAGUGGAAGGCCCCUCAGAAGCAAAGAUGUCCUGCACAGAUAACAAGGAUGGUAGCUGUACAGUGGAGUACGUACCCUAUGAACCUGGUACAUACAACCUGAAUGUUACAUAUGGAGGUCAGCAAGUGCCAGGAAGUCCAUUUAAAGUUCCAGUCAGUGAUGUGAUAGACGCUACCAGAGUUGCCUGCACAGGAGCAGGACUGGGAACAGGGGUUCGUGCCAAUGUCCCACAGUCUUUUACUGUCGAUACGAGCAAGGCUGGAGUGGCUCCCCUUUUGGUCAGAGUUCUUGGGCCCAAAGGUAUUGUUGAACCUGUGGAAGUUGUUGAGAACAGAGAUGGUACCCACACAGUGAGUUAUGUUCCUACCCGGGAAGGACCCUAUACCGUUUCAGUCCAAUAUGGUGACGAUGAGAUUCCCCGCAGCCCAUUUAAGGUGAAGGUGUUGCCAACACAUGAUGCCAGCAAGGUCAAAGCAAGCGGACCUGGCCUCAACACAACAGGAGUUCCUGCCAGUUUGCCCAUGGAAUUUACCAUUGAUGCAAAGGACGCAGGAGAGGGUCUCUUAGCUGUGCAGAUUACAGAUCCUGAGGGAAAACCUAAGAAGGUCAAUAUUCGCGAUAAUCAUGAUGGUACUUACACAGCAUCUUAUGUGCCGGAUACAACUGGUCGCUACACCAUUUUAAUCAAAUAUGGUGGUGAUGAAAUUCCAUACUCCCCAUACCGAAUCAGAGCUGUGCCAUCUGGUGAUGCAAGCAAAUGCACAGUCACAGUGUCAAUUGGAGGUCACGGGCUAGGUGCAGGAAUUGGUCCCACCAUCCAGAUUGGUGAGGAGACUGUGAUUACUGUAGAUGCCAAGGCAGCAGGAAAGGGUAAGGUCACAUGUACAGUCUGUACUCCUGAUGGCACAGAGGUGGACGUUGAUGUGGUGGAGAAUGAAGAUGGAACAUUUGACAUCUUUUACACUGCCCCACAACCAGGAAAGUAUGUCAUCUGUGUGAGGUUUGGUGGAGAGCACAUACCAAACAGUCCUUUCCAAGUCAUGGCUUUGGAUGGAGAUCAAAUCGUUUCCCACCAGGUUGGCCAGCAGCAGGUAGCCCCCCACUAUGCCUACCCACCUGGCGUGCAACAACCUUGGGCUACUGACCGCCCUCUUGGUGUGAAUGGCCUUGACGUUGCGGGAUUGAGACCUUUCAAGUUGGUGUUUCCACUCAAUUUCAAAAAAGGAGAAAUUACAGGAGAGGUGUCCAUGCCAUCUGGAAAAGUUGCAAAACCAGACAUAACAGACAACAAGGAUGGUACAGUUACUGUAAGGUAUGCCCCAACAGAAGCAGGUCUUCAUGAAAUGGGCAUAAAGUAUGACGGAGUACAUAUCCCAGGAAGUCCUCUGCAGUUCUUUGUGGACUAUGUCAACAGUGGUAAUGUGACUGCAUAUGGGCCAGGACUGAUCCACGGCACAGUCAACAAGCCAGCAGUGUUUACAGUGGAUACAAAGGAUGCAGGUGAAGGUGGCUUGUCUCUAGCCAUUGAGGGUCCCUCAAAAGCUGAAAUAAGCUGCACAGAUAAUCAAGAUGGUACUUGUACGGUGUCUUAUCUACCUGUUCUUCCUGGUGAUUACAACAUAUUGGUGAAGUACAACAACAAACACAUCCCUGGGAGCCCAUUUACUGCAAAGAUUACAGGGGAUGAAUCGAUGCGUAUGUCUCAGUUGAAAGUGGGUUCUUCUGCUGACAUCCCAUUAGAUAUCGCAGAAACUGACAUAAGCCUCCUGAGUGCUUCGAUCACUGCUCCAUCAGGCCGUGAAGAACCAUGUCAUUUGAAGAUGUUGCGCAAUGGCCACAUUGGUAUCUCAUUUGUGCCAAAGGAAAUUGGUGAGCAUCUUGUCAAUAUCAAGAAGAAUGGACGACACAUUGCAAACAGUCCCAUCAGUGUAAUGAUCAGCCAGUCUGAGAUUGGAGAUGCCAGCAAGGUCAGAGUCUCUGGCCCUGGUCUCAGUGAAGGCCGUACUUUUGAACCAGCAGAGUUUAUCAUUGAUACAAAAGAAGCAGGUUAUGGUGGCUUGAGUCUGUCCAUUGAGGGCCCGAGCAAAGUGGACAUCAACACAGAAGACUUGGAAGAUGGUACCUGCAAGGUGACAUACUGCCCCACAGAGCCUGGAAAUUACAUAAUCAACAUCAAGUUUGCUGACCAGCAUGUACCAGGAAGUCCAUUCACUGUGAAGGUAACUGGAGAAGGUAGAGUCAAAGAGAGCAUCACACGUAGAAGACGCGCACCCUCUGUAGCAAAUGUUGGCAGCCAGUGUGACCUAAGCUUGAAGAUUCCAGAAAUCAGUAUCCAUGACAUGACUGCUCAGGUGACCAGUCCUUCGGGGAAGAUCCAUGAUGCUCAGAUCAUGGAAAGUGAGAACAACACUUACUGCAUCCGAUUUGUACCCACAGAGAUGGGUGUCCACACAGUCAAUGUGAAGUACAAGGGGCAGCAUGUUCCAGGAAGUCCUUUCCAGUUCACAGUUGGGCCUCUUGGAGAAGGUGGGGCCCACAAAGUUCGAGCAGGUGGUCUAGGACUUGAAAGGGCAGAAGUGGGAGUACCAGCGGAAUUUAGUAUCUGGACACGUGAAGCUGGAGCAGGCGGUUUGUCCAUUGCUGUUGAAGGACCUAGUAAGGCGGAGCUUGCAUUUGAAGACAGGAAGGAUGGGUCCUGUGGGGUAUCGUACAUUGUCCAAGAGCCUGGUGAUUACGAGGUUUCCAUCAAGUUCAAUGAGGACCAUAUACCAGACAGUCCUUUCAUUGUUCCUGUGACGUCGCUCUCUGAUGAUGCAAGGAGACUCACUGUUGCUAGUCUUCAGGAGUCAGGAUUAAAAGUUAAUCAGCCUGCAUCAUUUGCUGUGAGUCUCAAUGGAGCAAAGGGAGUCCUUGAUGCCAAGGUGCACAGCCCCUCAGGAGCCUUGGAGGAGUGUUGUGUCACUGAAAUUGAUGAAGACAAAUAUGCAGUCAGAUUUAUCCCACGUGAGAAUGGGGUGUACUCUAUUGAUGUCAAGUUCAAUGGCUCCCACAUUCCAGGAAGUCCAUUCAAGAUUCGUGUUGGAGAACCAGGCCAAGCUGGUGACCCAGGAAUGGUCUCUGCCUAUGGACAUGGUCUGGAAGGAGGAACCACAGGUAGUCCUGCAGAGUUCAUCAUCAAUACUGCAAAUGCUGGUCCUGGUGCACUGUCUGUCACAAUUGAUGGGCCAUCUAAAGUGAAGAUGGACUGCCAAGAGUGUGCUGAAGGCUACAAGGUGACCUACACCCCCAUGGUACCUGGCAACUACCUGAUUUCUGUUAAGUAUGGAGGCCCCUACCAUGUUGUGGGCAGCCCAUUCAAGGCAAAGAUAACUGUUUCAGACUCCAGCUUUCAAGCAGGACCUCGAUUAGUAACAACACACAGCCUUCAUGAGACGUCCUCUGUAUUUGUGGACUCCAUCCCCAAAGCAGAUGCAGUCCUGCAGCAGGCCGCCUUGCCAAGAUAUGCAUCAGAUGCCAGCAAAGUCACUGCCAAGGGACAUGGCCUCAACAAAGCUUUCGUGGGUCAGAAGAAUUCCUUCUCUGUGGACUGCAGCAAAGCAGGUAACAACAUGCUCUUGGUUGGUGUUCAUGGGCCAAAGGUUCCUUGUGAAGAGAUUGUUGUGAAGCACAUGGGCAACAGGUUAUAUAACGUGACCUACCUACUGAAAGAAAAGGGAGAGUACAUCCUGGUUGUCAAGUGGGGAGAAGACCACAUUCCUGGAAGCCCAUUUCAUGUUUCUGUGCCGUAAUUGCUGCCUUCCAGUGGACAGUCCCCUAUUAGAAGUACUUUAUGUACAUAUACCAAAACAUGAGUUGGACAUGUUAUCGGAAUGUUUUGGGGUGGGGAGAAACUUGACUGAUGUUGGGACUUUGUUGACACAUGGGCACGGGCCAGAUUAGGAGAGGACAAAAGGAACCAAACUAUUUCAUACUGGUGCCUGAACUCUGAAACACGGACUACUCCCCCUCAGAUGUUUGCACAAUUUAUGACUGGGGUUGCUGUAGAAGGCUACCUGCGCUAAAAGAUUUGCCCAGUCUGACGAAGUCUUGAAAGACAAGUUGCCUUUGUUCAUGGUACUGUUUUUUUUUAAAGAAUGCAGCUUUAAACUACCAGCACCCCUUAAAUCUUGGCUAAUAUUUUGACACUAGGUAAAGUUCUGGAGGAGCUUUUUUUGUAAGCUGUUAUCUGCUGUUAAUACGGUUUGUCAUAUCAAUACUGUGGUAUUCCCCUUCAGAGUUAAUAGGCUUUGCAUCUUUCACUUUAGUGGGGACACUGCGAUUUCAGUUUGUUCCCUUCUGCUGAGUGGGCAGAGAGGAAAGCAUGUAUAAAUUUAGUCAGUGCAGCACAAGUUCUCUGUGGUUAAAUGUUCAUAAAAAUGAGGGAUAGGGCACAUUCUGCAACUGAACCAAAGCAUGGUGUAGCAAGAUUUAAAGUGUAGUUGCCAAUACUUCUCGGCAUUAACUCCUCUGCAGUUGAGUCUGGCAUUGCACUGCUCUGUGGGGUGCCAAAUCAAGUUUAAGGGAGCCCACACCAGGCAUUUCAUAUGAGCAUUUUGUUUAUCCGUGGAGCUUUAGACAUGUUUAAGCUGUGUUAUACUGUUAACUGGCUGAAGAGGUGGCAUAAAAAUACUGUGGUUUGGACUUAUUUGUACAUGUUUAUACAUGUUUAAACUCCCUGUCCCAUCAGUGAAACUAAAACAUUUGCUAACCUGUCUUGUGUCUCUCGCACUGCAGGUCCAAAAUAGUUUUAUACACGCAAGGUGCACAGUGGUAACUUGGGUUUUUUUUACUGUAAUGCUGCUGUUUGCUUACCAACUUGCCAUCAUCCUCUUUCUCUGCACACAGACUUGCAGUAUUUGCCUCAAAAUCGUAAUGUUAAUAAAAAGAAAUUCUGUUCUGUC